AUGCAAUCGGCAAAUCAAAUGCUAUCGAUGAACCAAAUGCCAUCUUCGGAGGAAUUCCUUAAACAAAUAGAAAAAGGGUUAAAUGAGAAUCCAAUGGCGGCACAAAUUCUAUUUGAACAUGACGAUGCUCUCGGAAUGGCCAAGCUUGCUCUCGAAAAUGAGAAAAAUUUGCCUGAGAAAGAAAGAAAAUUCUUUUGGAAAACUAUGGAUCUUAUGUGUAAUGCUUUCAUGAAAGCUCCCGCCUACAAAAAUGGGAACAAGAAACACAAUGGAUACAAGAUUUGUUGUGAAAUGGCCGACUAUUGCUCAUUUUACAAACAGACGUGGUUCUUCAUUGUCUGCGGAGCCGUUGGUUUCCUUCUUCUCGUCGGCAUCGCCGGUGGUAUUUUCUUCAUUAUUCGCCGCAAAAACAAGAAAAUAGGUGGUGGUAACCCGAAGAAAGUUGGUGGAAGCAAGCCAUAA